AUGGUGGAUCCUUCAUCUUGUUCCGCCAUUAAAGAAGAUGGUUUACCAGAAGGUAUUUUGUUCGAGAUCUUUCUUAAACUACCAUGGAAAUCAAUCAACCGGUUUAAAUGUGUAUCAAAGGUAUGGUUAUCUAUCAUCUCUGACCCAAAUUUUAUGAAAAACAAAUUCAAAACAUUAUUCAUUGAACCUAAACCAUGGGUAAUCUUUUCAAACCAUGUUAUACCUAAUCAACAUCAUCCAUCUGAUAUUAUAAUUCCUAGCAGACUUUUUCAUACACAAUUUAUGUCAUCUGGCAAUGAAUUAUCUGGUUAUGAUGGGUUCUCCUUUAAUUUCCUCCGUAAAUCAUAUGGAUCUGAUGCACAACAUCGUAUCCUCCAUGUCUUAGCUUCUAGAAGUGGUUUAGUUCUUUGUUCUGUUAUAAAUUACUCCAAGGAAAGUACGGAUUAUUUUGUCUGUAAUCCGAUUACGAAUGAAAGUGUUUCACUCCCUCCACCACCCACAAAAGGUGUUGGUAGGUUUACAUGGUCUCCUCUGUGA